UCGGUUAGGUCGAUGCGGAUGCGGCGAUGCAGCAGCACCAGCAGUAGUGGUUGGUUCGUUAGUUUGUUUGUUCGCUUCCAGCGAGCACGAGCUUCCUGCCUUUUUGUGGUCAAUGUGUGCGGCGCAGUGUGUGCGUGUGUGUGUGUGCGUUUGUGUGCAUCGCCGGAGUAGUAGGGCGCAGCAGCCGUUCCAGCCCCGGCACUUGUUGGAAUAAGGAUUGCUGGAAUCGAUCCCGAUCAGCAGUGCGAUCCUAUCAGCAGGGGCAGUACGAUUAUCUAGAGGUCGUGCCUAGCAACACCACACACACACACACACACACACACACAUACCCACACCAAAACAGGCCUCCCCGGAACCAGCUGGGAGUUGCGUCAGCUGGCAGCAGCGCCUGGCAGUGCCUUUUGUUGUGACCCCCCUUUGAGUUUCGCGCAUUUUUGGCGCGAGAUAUGGCCAGAGCGGUUUAGGUGUUAUUUAUUGUGGUCGCAUCCGGAGUUCUAAUCAUGUACUGCCGAGUUCAGCAGUACGACACCGAUCGGAUUAGGCCGGAGGAGGAGGAAGAGGAAGACGAUGAGGUGCUUGGUGAGGUGAGUGAGUUUCUGGAUGUGAUCGAGGCGCCACCAGCGCCGCAGCACCGCGCAUUACCAUCAACCCAACACCGCCCAGUGUUAUCACCGGAUGCUGCCGACGAGCUUGCCGGUUACUACUACGGUUACAGUGGCUACUAUCACUAUCCCAACUACCUCCAUCAACAAGACCACCACAACUACUACUGCGCUGAUCCUACACUACAGCAGCAGCAGCAGCAGCAGGAGCGGCUAUACCUUCAAAACUACCAGUCCUCAGACAACGCAGACGACGAGAUGGACGAGCGGGAGAGCAUCUACCUUGAUGCGGUCUCGGUCAGCUCAAACCGGCAGCAGCAACAGCACCAGAGCGGCUCGGCGGACCAACGGCAGCAGCAGCAACAGGAGCAGCAGCACCGCAAUUCGCUGUACCUGUCGCGCCAAACCGUAUACCAUUCGGCCGAGGAUGUCCGGUUCGGUUCGGUGGACUCGGGCGGUGACACGCGAACCCUCACCGGCAGCGCAACCGGGGACAGCCUGCGUACCACUACCGAUGCGCUGCUGCAGGAUUCGCGGGCCAACGGCGGGCUGGCGAACCUGCCGUACGUGGCACGCCCGAAACCACCGAGCGCAACCAAGGCGUUCAUCGGUGGCAUCCUGAAGCCGGUGCUCCUCAGCACCGAGUACAACGAAAAGGUGCCUAGCACUAGCUACAACUACACUCCCUUCCUACGUGCCGACCACGAUCGGCAUGAUGGCACUAGUCACAGCCCCGUCGAUCACACCAACUUGACCACUACCAGGGCCAGUAGUAUUAGUAGUGGAAGCAGUAGCAAUAACAGUACCGCUGCUGCUGCUGCUGCUACUGCUACUACCACGCCCAACACGCUAAUCGUUAGCUAUGCGAUGUGGAAGUUCAGGACAUGGAAGUACUUCCAGGAUCAGAAGCGUGUCGUCGACUACGUGCUGGCGUACAAUGGCGAGGAAGAGGAGAACCCGAUCGCGCACGCCAAGCGCAUGGUGUACCAGCGGAACCUCGAGCAGGAGGGCCUGCAGAUCGAGACCGAGAGCUGCCAGCGGAUACACUUCGUGAAGAUCCACGUGCCGGACCAGGUGCUGUCGCACUACUGCGAGAUCAUGAAGAUGCAGAUGCCGAUGAAGAAGCUGGCGAACCAGGACAAGAUCAUCAUGCGCGACUUCAGCAUCCAGAGCACGCUGGUGAAGCUGUUCCGCCGGCCCAUGUUUAACUUCGUCAUCAUCGACCGGAGCAUCUUCGCGGCGCCCGAGUACCGGCUGCUGUACGAGUACUCGCGCGACAAGCCGUACCUGUUCAAUGACCGUGAGCCAAACUUCUUCACGCCCAGUCUCCGGAUCGCGGUGGCGAACUUCAUCCUCGAGCGGGCGUACUUUAGCAAUAACCUCGACGACAAGAAGGACAUCGGCAUCCGGCGGUUGGUCGAGGAUCAGGUGUACCUGGAUGCGUACCCGUUGCACGAUGGCUGCACCGACGUGAAGUCGAGCUGCCAGCGGGCGCUGCUGCUGCAGGAGUGGGCAUCGGUCCGGAAGUGGAUCAAGCACCAGCCGCUGGACCACAUUAAGGAGUACUUUGGGGUGAAGAUUGCCAUGUACUUCGCGUGGCUCGGGUUUUACACGCACAUGCUGAUACCGGCGUCGGUCGUGGGGCUGAUCUGCUUCUUCUACGGGUUGCUUACCUACCGAGAGAACCGGAUCAGUCAGGAGAUCUGCAACGACAACAACACGAUCAUGUGCCCGCAGUGCGAUGAGUACUGCGACUACUGGUAUCUGAACAGCACCUGUACCAUCUCCAAGCUAGCGCACAUCUUCGACAAUGAAAUGACCAUUGUUUUCUCGAUCUUUAUGUCCAUCUGGGCAACCCUCUAUCUGGAAAUGUGGAAACGGUACUCGUCGAAGAUUCAGCACCGCUGGGGCAUUACCGAGUACUGCUCGCUGGCGGAACCACCGCGACCGCAGUAUCUCGCGCGGCUGAAGAACAUCAAGAAGACAAUGUUCAACAUCGCCACCGGUGCACAGGAACCGUCGCCACCGUUCUGGACCAAAAAGUUCCCCAGCUUUGUCUACAGCUACUCUGUGAUCUUCCUAUUUAUUUUAUUGACCAUCGCUGCCGUGUUCGGUAUCGUCGUGUACCGCAUGUCGCUGAUGACCUCGCGCAACAUCUACGGCGACCACGGUUCGGUAUCCGGCAAGCUGAUCAUCUUUCCCGCGACGACCGCGGUCAUCAAUCUGUUGGUCUCGACCAUCCUCACCUAUGCCUACCAUUACGUGGCCGUGUACAUGACCAACGUCGAGUACCGGCGAACGCAAACCGAGUACAACGAAAGUCUGAACCUGAAGAUCUACCUGUUUGAGUUCGUCAACUACUACAGCUCGAUCUUCUACAUCGCGUUCGUGAAGGGCAAGUUUCCCGGCUACCCGGCCAAGUACAAUCGCAUCCUGCAUCUGCGGCAGGAGGAGUGCAGCCCGGGCGGCUGUCUGAUGGAGCUGUGCAUUCAGCUGGCGAUUAUCAUGGUUGGCAAGCAGGCGAUCGGUGCGGUCACGGAAAUCGUCAUCCCGUGGGCUAUUCAGAAGUUCAAGGAGUUCCGCAGCGUGCUCGGGAUCGAGGCCGAGGGAAGCGAUAGUGACGAGCGGUUGAUUUGCUGCAACCAGUGGACCAAGGACUUUAACCUCAUCAACUGGAACGAUCGAAGCCUGUUCAAUGAGUACUUAAAAAUGGUCAUCCAGUAUGGCUUCAUCACGAUUUUCGUGGUUGCCUUUCCGCUGGGACCGUUCUUCGCUCUGCUGAACAACGUGGUAGAGACGCGGCUGGACGCGAAAAAGUUCCUGCUCUACUACAAGCGCGCUGUACCGCAGCGUGUGCGUGAUUUGGGCAUCUGGUACAACAUUAUGCACGUCGUCGGGAAGGUGGCCGUCAUUUCUAGUGCCUUUAUCAUCGCCUUUUCCUCCAACUUCAUACCUCGGUUGAUGUACAUGCACGUGGUGAACCCGGACCGGACGGACGAAGGCUUCGUCAACCAUACGCUCGCCUACUUCAACGUGGCCAACUUCGAGGAUCACGUCGCCCCGCUGAACAGCCAGUACACGAACGUCACCACCUGCCGGUACUCGGAGUACCGGAAUCCGCCCGACCACGAGAGCCCGUACAAGCGACCCUCGAUCUACUGGCAUAUACUCGCGAUACGGUUGGCGUUUGUCGUCAUCUAUCAGAACCUGGUCAGCUUCGUGCAGAUCGUGGUGGCGUGGGCAAUCCCGGACGUACCGGGUCGGUUGCAGGAUCAGAUCAAGCGCGAGCAGUACCUGACGAACGAGUAUAUUAUCGAGCAGGAAAAGCUGAAGAUGCAGCGAGGCGCUGCUGGUGGCGGUGGUGGCGAUAGUGCCACCGCAUACGCACAGAACGGUUACCUGCCGUCGGAGGAGGACAGCAGUUUGCCGCCCGAGGAGAAGCUGAACCACCAACGCCGGGGUCACGAUGCGGACGGUUACUUGCAUCAGCCACUCGAGGAUGAUUUCGAUUCGUUCCAGGAGUGUGGCAUCGUGACAUCGCGCGUGUAGCGCACCAUGCAUUUCGUCAAUCUUCGUCCAUCACGGAUGGGUGUCUCAUGCAGUCAGUCAUACCGCCCGGGCGGGUUAUGUAAAUUCUUGCUAAACGCUUAUCCCAACAUUGUCCAUCCGUUUCCUCACCUCAUUAUAGGGAGCGAAGGUAGGGUCCGCGCGGCAUAAUCAUCUUCGCUGGCGAAGUCGCCAUGGGUGAGAGCACUUGACGCGCGCUGACUAGUAAACCUCCUUUUAGGGGUUGGUCAUCGUCUAUAUUUUUUAUAGCUCCGCUGCGUUGUUGCGUUGGUAUGCGAGAUAUGCCUUACAGAAAAUGAAUUACCACCAUUUUCAUUUUAUCUCUCUCUCGAAUCAAUACAAUAAUUAACUAUCUGGAGAAAAGGUUCGUUUGGCCACUUAUCCUCUCUAUCCCAAAGCGACCAUCCUUUAUUCUACGGUCCAUUUGGAUCUUCCCAGGUCAUGCACAUGGCAGACAACAAGCAAGCACAACCCAAAGUCUCUUUCAGAAGGCCUUUCGUGGAAGGGUAGAGAAAGGGUAGAUAGACGAAUAGAGACAUGGUAAUAGGGCUCGAUCGAGAUGCUGUAAGCGGUCCAACGGAAAGUGGACAAUACUGUUCCUUGAAGUGAUGUCCGUUCGAGCGAUUGGAGCACCGGGUGGAGGUAGAAAGUGGCGGUGUUGGUGUCUUUAAAAGACCCGCGUAAAGGCAUGCCGAACAAAAUGGUUUUUUUGUUUAGAAAAAUAAAGCGAAAAUGUGACAACCGAAAAAA